UGGUAUUUCAAGUGUGCGUUUUUUGUUUGUGCAGUUUUCCUCGGAGAGAAGGUCAUGGCCGAUUCGAGCGAUCCUGAUCACGCAGUAUUUGUUCAGCAUUGAAAGAAAUGGGUGCGCAUUGUCACUCCUAACAAAAAACAAAAAAAAACACAAAUAAAAUCAACACACCAAACUUUAAUAAGCCCGCAACUCUCGUUAGUCUAAUGCAAUCGUCUUCCUUUGCGAAUUAACUGUUUAUUAUUUGAAUAAAAAUGGAAUCCUGCGUUUUAAUACCCAAAGAGUUCGCGCUUACAAAGUUAUCCUUGCCCACGAGUAAGAGCGAGUCCGUUUUAACCGUGUGCGCAACAACGAAUAUCAAAAAAGGAUCUCUAUUCUACCCAUUUCAAGGUACUAUCCGUACCGACAAAAUCGAUAACCUAAAAUAUCCGGAUGAAAAUGAUUUGAGAUACCGUCAUGGUUUAUAUCAUGAAGUUUCAUACAAUUAUGGAUCGCGAGCAAUCCAUUGCAAUUGGAUUAGAUUUCUUCGAACUAGCGGUUCUUUUGAUUCGAAUGUAAAUCUCAUUUGUACGAUGGUUAAGGGGGAUCCAUUGUACGAGGUCAUCAAGCCAAUCAAGACUUAUCAAGAGUUAGUUGCCUAUUAUCUGCCCGAACGUCCCGAAGAGAGUAUAUUCAUGACACUGCGUUCAACGCUCUAUCGCCAAGCAAUGGACUCCAUUCUACAAGAUACUCCCCUCGAUUUGUCGUUAGCGUUAAUGUACAAGAUACCAAAUUUACCGCUAUCUCCACCAACAAGCGAGGACGAACAAAAGUCAAUGUUGAGUGACUCCUCCGGUUCCUUAUUAUCACUUAAUGAUAGCACCAAUGACAACUCAACAACAUCAUCCGUAUCCAUGGAUGACAUAAAGAAGUCUGCCUUCGAGAGCAUCACAGCUAAUCCCCAUAAGAGUACGAUCAAUAUUCCAAAUUAUCAAUAUGAAGCAACAAAAAAACGCAUCGGCAGAAAUGAACGAUCAUUGCUACCCUGUGAAGUUUGCCGAAAAGCCUUCGAUCGUCCAAGUCUACUCAAAAGGCAUAUGAGAACUCAUACGGGUGAAAAACCACAUAUUUGUAUGGUUUGUGGCAAAGGAUUUAGCACAUCCAGCUCAUUGAAUACUCAUAGGCGAAUUCAUUCUGGGGAAAAGCCGCACGAAUGCCAAGUGUGUGGAAAAAGGUUUACCGCAAGCAGUAAUCUUUAUUAUCAUAGGAUGACUCAUAUUAAGGAAAAGCCACAUAAGUGCAAUUUGUGCGCCAAGUCGUUUCCAACUCCCGGCGAUUUGAAAUCCCACAAGUACGUUCACAGCGGAUCGUGGCCCUUCAAAUGCUCCAUUUGUUUCCGGGGUUUCUCAAAGCAAACAAAUCUUAAGAAUCAUUUGUUUCUGCACAGUGGUGACAAGCCACAUGGCUGUGACCUGUGUAAAAAGAGAUUUGCACUGGCAUGCAACCUGCGAGCACAUAUGAAAACACACGAGGGUGAGCCACAAGAUGAAUGCAUUAGAUGUGGCAAGGUUUUUGUGGCCACAAACAGUGUCGCGCAACGUAGGAAAAUUUGCAUGAAAUGCACGGAUUGUAACGAUUCAACUGACGAUGGGGAAAAGUCUGGCUGUCAAUCCGAAAGAAGUAUUUUAACCGAAGAGGAAUAUGAAUCUUCCAAUGGUGCAACAGAAUAUAGUGACAAAUGAAAAAAUAUGGAGGGUGUGGAACCACUAACGAUUUGAAGGCCAUUCUGUGGGGAGCAUUUGGUCGAACGUGUCUGAUCACUAAACUUAAAUAAAUUAUUCACACUUAGCAUCAGUAAUUUUAGAAUAUCGACCAAAAAUUUUAAAUUUUUAAAAACAAUUUAUGGAUUUGUGUGAUUUUAAAUAGCAAACAA